GUACGCUCGUGCGAUUGGACCGACCAGCCGUGCGGUCUGUUCAUAGAGGUGGACAAGAUCCGUAUUGAAGACCACCUGUGGUUUUGGCAUGGGGUUGAAGCGAAGAAACCCACUCCCUGCAAAUUCGAAGGUUGCCCGGACACAGGGCCGAUGAUGUAUUUGAGCCGUCACAUCGAAGGGGUCCACUUCGCUACAUCCUACCGAUGCCCCUAUUGC